GUGGAGGAGGCGAGGAGGAAGAAGUUUAACGGCACGGUGCAGACCGUCCCUCAGACGAUCACCGUCAUCCCCGCCAACAUCGCCGCAGCCACCAACGGCUUGCAGUCCAUCUUCCAGACGUGUCAGAUCGUCGGACAGCCGGGCCUCGUCCUCACUCAGGUGGCCGGUAACGGCACCGCCAUGCCUGUCGCCUCCCCGAUCACCCUGACGGUCGCGGGUGUCCCCAGCAACCAGCCAAAAGCUGCGGAACCAUCCACGUCGGAAUCAAAGACGGAGAUGUCGGUAUCUUCGGCCAGCAUGCCGCUCGGUUUGGACGCAGCAGGGACGAAACCGAAGAAGUCGAAGGAGCAGCUGGCGGAGCUGAAGGCCAGCUACGGCAGGAGGCAGUUCGCCACAGAGGUGGAGAUAUCUCGGCUCAUGCAGGUCACCAAACUGUCCAAGCGAGCAAUAAAGAAGUGGUUCAGCGACACGCGAUAUAACCAGAGGAACUCGAAGGAUCACCACGGUGUCCUGCUGAGUGAGGCGGUGCCCAGCAGAGCUGUGUCAGCAGGGGGAGGCAGAGCAGGAAGGAACAGCAGCGGGAGUCUGAACGACAGCAGCUACAGCGACCCCCCCACCACCACCAUUGUUAUCGACUCCAGCGACGACGCCAGCGACUCCUCCCCAACCUCUGCCAACGCCCCGGGGUCGUCCUGUUCAUCCAGUGACCUCAGGGUCAAAUUCCGCCACGCCUUCCCUGACUUCACGCCACAGAAGUUCAAGGAAAAGACCCCGGAGCAGCUGCUCAUCCUGGAGGCCAGCUUCCAGAAAUCAGACACACCCUCGGACGAGGAGCUGAGCCGGCUGCGAGCAGAGACGAAGCUGACGAGGCGCGAGGUAGACGCCUGGUUCACAGAGAGACGGAAAAUGCCGCCAGCGGCCAAAGACGACGACAGCGACGGCGACGGAGAGAAGGUCAAACCAGCCUCGCCUCAGGAGAAGCACACGACUCCUCCUGGUGGCAGGAAGGUGAUGAAGAAGACGCCCGAGCAGCUCCACAUCCUGAAGAAAGCGUUCGUCCGCACGCAGUGGCCGACGGCCGAGGAGUACGACCAGAUGACGGAGGACAGCGGCCUCCCGAGGUCGUACAUCGUCAACUGGUUUGGAGACACACGCUACGCCUGCAAGAACAGCAACCUGAAGUGGUACUACCUCUACCAGAGCGGGAAGGAGGACGAGGCGCUGAACGGGGGGGCCAAGAAGAAGCAGAGGAAGCGUCACCGAGGUUGGUCCAGGAGGACGCGCCGGCCUUAUCCCUGCAAACGUUCCCCACAGGGGGGCGCCACUGCCAUCAAGGUGAAGUCCGGCAAAUUGUUUCUGAAGGACUACUACCACAAACACCGAGCCCUGAGCGAGAGAGACCUGGACGACCUCGUGACCAAGUCCAGCAUGAGCUACGAGCAGGUGAGGGACUGGUUCUCCGAGACCGCCAGGAGGGUGGAGGAGGGCAGAGAGCCGUUCAGCGACGAAGAGGCCGAGGGAGAGGAGGCCGAGGGAGAGGAGGAUGAGGAGGAGGAGGAAGAGGAAGGGGAGGAGUUGGAGGCAACGCCGGCAGAAGAGCACAGAGGCAGCGAGGAAGAGAUGGAGGUGAAAGAACAAGGAGAGGAGGCCUCAGACGACGACUGCAAGGAGGAAGACGAGGAGGAGGCAGAGUUGGAGGAGGAGAUCCAGGAGGAAGCUGGAGAAGUCAGCCAAUCACAGCCUCAGGCAGAGGAGCAGACAUGAGACAACAGAAUUAGCAUUGCUUCCCCCACUGUGGAGACGGCCCAGACGGAGAUAUACAGGUAUGUCAGUGUUUCUCAGCUGGCGGCUCGGGACCCAAAGACGCCGCAGGAAGCUCAGACAGAUCACGUGACACUGAAACGACGGCCGUUGUGCCUUCGAGUUGAACUUUGGGUCCUGAUGAAGCUGAGAAGCACUGAGUCGACGGAGCGGAAUUAAAGGACGACUCAAGUUCCGACGAACUGCGGGGACCAACUCAAGGUCAAAGACGACGCCUCUCACCGAGCGGCGGCGCCACGAGAGUAAGUUCCAGCUCUGCUCCUGUACAACUCACAAGCCUUUUAUUCUGGUGAGAAUGACGGGGCUUUUGUUUUGGCCUUUAAAGUCACUUUUUCUUAUAAAACAAACUGCGUUUUAAGGUAAACUUCGUAUAAAGGAAAAAAAAUCCAAAACAUUUCUAAGAGGUGAGACCUCGUUCUGUCGUUAAAACAACUUUCUCUCAAGGGAACGAACGUUUUCUCCCCAAAACCCGACAGUGAAAACUUUUCUCUCCUCUAAAAGAAAAGGUUUUUAAAACCACAACUGUCUGUGAAUAGAAGAGUCGAGUUAGUGCCAUUGUGUUAAUAACUUUGUU